ACACCCCUGGGAUGAUUUCUUCCCAUUGCCACUGGCCACUGCUGCCCUCCUCCUGGACUUUCCGUCUCGUCGUAGAUUGUGAAGAAAAGAAACCGUCAACAUGUCUGAAAAAAAGAUGACUUCAAGCCGCAGGCAUCAUCUGAAGAGUUUGAUGCUGCAGAUCGCGGCGAACUGGAUUGAAAAGGAGAAACAGGAAAUUGCAGUCUCCAAACAGAACUACGUGGCAGAGAAAUGCCCCCCUCCUGCACUGAGUGGAGACCAGGCAACUCUCAUGGAAACCUGCAAAAAGUUGCACGCCCUCAUCGACAAAAUUGAUGAAGAGAGGUACGACCUGGAGAUCAAAGUGGGCAAGACUGAUAAAGAGAUCGAUGACCUGAAAAUCAAAGUGGUCGACCUGGCUGGAGUGAAGAAGCCCGCUCUGAAGAAAGUGCGCAUGUCCGCCGAUGCCAUGCUGAAAGCUCUGCUGGGCUCCAAACACACAGUUAACCUGGACCUGAGGGCCAACCUGAAGCAGGUCAAGAAGGAGGUGAAAGAGGAGCCUGCAGAAGCGGUGGGCGACUGGCGUAAGAACAUUGAGGACAAGGCUGACAGGAAGAAGAUGUUCGAGUUGGCCUGGUCGGUCUCAGGGUUCCUCAUGGCCAUAAAAGUUGAACAGCCAAACCCCCGUCCAAGCCCAUAUAUACCCCACAGAGUUAACUUUUUAAUCAGUGACUCCCUCACUGCGUCCCAGCCCUUCAGCCAGUCUCUGCAGGCCUCCUCAUCAUCACUUUGUAGAGUCAGAAACCUGAAGGAAGCCACAAUGUCUGAGGGAAAGAAGAUGACGUCAAGCCGCAGGCAUCAUCUCAAGAGUUUAAUGCUGCAAAUCGCUGCUAACUUGCUCGAGCAGGAAGCUGAUGAAAUCAUUGUCGCCAAAGAAGCUUACCUCGCAGAGAACUGUGCCGCCCUCGACCUGAGCGGAGACCAGGCAGCUCUGAUGGACGUCUGCAAAAAGCUGCAUCAGGCCAUUGAUAAGAUUGAUGAGGAGAGAUACGACACCCAGGUCAAGGUGGAAAAGGCCAACAAAGAGAUCAAUGAACUGAAGAUGAAGGUCAUUGAGCUGGCCGGAGUGAAGAAACCUGCCCUGAAGAAAGUGCGUAUGAGUGCCGACGCCAUGCUUAAAGCUCUUCUGGGCUCCAAACACACAGUAAACAUGGACCUCAGGGCCAACCUGAAGCAGGUCAAGAAGGAGAUGAAGGAGGAGCCUGCGGAGGUGGUGGGCGACUGGCGCAAGAACAUUGAAGACAAGGCUGACAGGAAGAAGAUGUUUGAGACCUCUUGAAGACUUUCUCAUCCAACUUCUGUUUUGCUCAUUCUGGGAUGUUACAGCUCUUU